AGGAGAGAAAGAGAGAGAGAGAGGGGAGAGGGAGAGAGACACAGUGAGCGAGAAAGAGAGAGUGUAGAGGAACCCAGCUGUUGUGGUGGAGGAAAUGGAGCGGUAUAUGUGUGGGAACUGAGCUGAGGAUCAGCAGGAAAACUGCAUGUGGACGGAAGGACUUUAUUGGUAGAAAGGAGCAGGAUUAUAAGCCAAGUUUGGACAGGAUGAAGUUUAGCCUUUGUUGCCGUGGAUACAGAUGCUGUGAAGCCUCCCUCAGCCAUGCAGCUCUGACACUGGUAGCUGUCAGUCAAUCACAGUGAGGAUGGUCGCUGUCUGAGAGAGCGUGUGGAGAAAUCCUGAGGCGUGCUGGAACGUGGACUGCUCAGAUUGUGGUUGUGUUGUGAUGAUACAAACAGCAAUGUGCAAAAGAGAGCUGGUCAUGCCACCUGGAAAGCGAGCGGACGGUCCGAGCAGCGGCAGUGUGGCGCAGGGCCUGAGCCCCCUGUAUCAAGACCAACUGUACCAGGACCCGAUUCCGGGCGACCUUUCUCUGGCCCUGUCUGCCUCUCUGAGUCGCCCCCAGGACGAGGAGCUGACCAGCCUGAGCUGGCUCCAUGAGAGCACGGACCUGCUGACCAGUCUGGGCCACUCAGGCCUGCGCAGCGUGAGCCCCCUGCAGGACGCUCAGGGUUACUGCGAGUCUUCAUCACCGUCUCCAUCAAACUCACCCAAAUCCAGCGGGAUUUUGCCGGGACACGGCCGCAAACCGCCGUACUCCUUCAGCUGCCUCAUCUUCAUGGCCAUCGAGGACGCACCAGCCAAGCGGCUCCCCGUCAAGGACAUUUACGGCUGGAUCCUGGAUCACUUCCCUUACUUUGCCAGCGCCCCUACUGGCUGGAAGAACUCGGUGCGGCACAAUCUGUCGCUCAAUAAGUGCUUUAAGAAGGUGGAUAAGGAUCGCAGCCAGAGUAUAGGUAAAGGUUCUCUGUGGUCUAUAGAUCCUGAAUACAGACACAACCUGAUCCAGGCUCUGAAGAAAACCCCGUAUCAGCCCUGCUCUCCUCAGCUUCCCACACUCUCCUCUCCACAGCAAUACCACAGUCGUCCCCUAUGGUCAGGGAGUCCACUCUUCCGAAAAAAUGGUGGAGUAAUCCUACAAGUUCCUCAGAAAGUGAUCCAGCACGGCUCCCGGCUCGGAACUGAGGGGCUUCUCCCAGUCAUCAGACCCUUACCCAUAAGUCCUUUAGGGAGGACCACAGGAGUGAGAACGGUUCUGGGUGAUUAUCUGACCCGAGAUAAAACCAGUUUAUCCAGCAAUGAUCCACCGGAGGAGUGCAGUUCUUCUUCCAGUUCUCCCCACACCACCCAACCUGUCUGCAGCCAAGGUCCGAAGAUCAUCAGAGUGGUCACAGAGGUCAAAAAGGAGCCUAGAGACUUCCCCCUGAGCACCACCUUGGUAACAUCAGAGCAGCCUAUCAGAAGAACGAACUGCACCAAAGUCCGUCUGCUAAAACCCGGCGAUACGCUUCCUCUGAAAAAGAGAAGGGCAGAGAAAUUCCCACCCAGCGACAAUGAGGACGAAGAGAUGAAGGAGGCGGCGGGGUCGCUGCUUCACCUGGCUGGAGUACGAGCCUCUCAGAACAAAACCAAUCAGAACACCUCCAAAGUCCAGAGAGAGGCGGAGAAAGAUUUGCAACACUAGCAUCGCAGAGAUUUUUAGCAUGCUAGCGAUGCUAUUCCUGCCAGUCUUUGCUCCCCGACAGGCCCCACUCGUUCUUUUUUAGAAUUUCAGGUGAAUUCAUAUGUGGCAAUAUUGAUCAAAUCAACGUUUUACUUACGUUCAAGCACUAUUUUUUUAACAGGCCUCAGUUUGUUUUUUGUGCACUCGCGUAAAGGGAUACAAGCCAUAGCGAAAGUCAUUAACGUACAAGGAUUUUUCAUUUUCACGCAUAAUAUGGCUAACUAGUGCAGGAGAUGUCAAAAUUCUUCCAAAAGUAAAGAGGAAAGCUUGACUGAGGCUGUUUUCACAUGUCUACAAACCUGAGUUUGAUUUCAGAACAUGGUUUAUUUUAGCCCAGUGGGUUGCCAGGUUCAGGCCAUUUCAAGCAUAGCAAAAAACAUGGAAGGGCUUCAAACUUGCCCAAAAUGUGUUUUAACCAAAAUAUACUACUAUGUAUUAGUGAUAUGGCCAGAAUUACAUUUAGCGGGGGCCUGUUUACAGAUUUGCAAAGCCAGCUAACAAGCAUUAAGGCUAAAAGACAUGAAACUAACCACCGCCAACUAGCCAACACACAGUUUCUUACCUUAAUUCAUUUGGCUAACGUGAGUUGCUUUAACAAUUGACAGCACAGCAGUUAAAGGCUAAUUAACCACAUUGCAAGAACAUUGUGAUGUUCUUGUCAUUCUUUCACAGUAUUGAACUGUGCAUUCUUUACCUACUCGCUAGCUGGAUAAGUAGCAUAGUAGAGCUAGCACAGAUCAGCUAACCAGGAAGAAGAGUGUAGGGGUGAGGGUACAGGAUGCACGCAUGAGAUAAAUGAAAUUCAAUUAAACUGAAGUUGGCUUCUUAUUUGAAUUUCCCAGCUCACCUUAAAUGGUGAAGCAGUUACAUUCCGAAGCCUGUAUAGAAAACAACAUUUAGCACCGGUUUUAAGUGUUAGAAAGCAAUACUGACACAGGAUUCUCUGUGUAAUUUGCACAAUAAAAUAUUUCAGAUUUACUUUAGUUGUUAAAAGUAAAGAGACACCCCAGAAUAGUAAGUCUUACUGAAGCAUUUAAAUCAGUUUUAUUCGGGGGAAAAAGAAUAAUAUAAUGAUAUAUAAAUAUAGAAAUAUAUCAAGACCAGGACUGUACCAUACUUACCACCACUACAAUAAAACUGUACAAUAAAACCACCAACAAUAAAACAAUAAACCUACCUACCUAAACCUACCUAUAAAACCAUUCUGACCUAUAUCACUGCAUAGUUCCCACUCAUUCUAUGCAACUCAAGUGGUCCCCUCUACACUGUAGAUGCACCUCCUACCCUUUACUGCCAUGUAGCCUAAAUGGCUUAUUUUCGUUUUGAUAAUUCUGGGUUAAAACCAGAGCAUCAUUUGUUUCUAAAAUAGCUUGGUGUGAAAACUAAAAAAUUCUGUGAAUCUAACACCUGAUUCCUCUCUUUGGGUAAUUACCAACUCCCUCGUGUGCAAUAGCAGGAAAAACACUAAAAUAUGUAAAGCACAGGAUUGGGAAGCAUUCCCUCAGCCUGUAUGAAAGCAGAUGUUUGAACAUGAAGGUGUUCCCUCAAGCUCUGUUCGUGACUAAAGAGACAGCAGACUACCCUGUGGGAGAGAUCCAUUCACUCACGGGUAUUUUUCAGCUCAAUCAGUGGCCUAAUUAGAGCCCAAUAGAGAACGGAUGUAAAAGAUCUCUAACUGAGGACGUUCUCUAAACAUUUGACAUUACAAUAGAGUCCAACACAAACUGUGUCAGACAGUUAAAAACUGCUCUGUUUCCAGUUGCUCUUAUGUAAAAUGCUACAAAGUUCCUAAGGCCACGUUCGCACUGCAGGUAAAAGUGGGCCGAAUCUUAUUUCUGUGACAGAUUUAGAUGUUUAACCCUCUGUGGUCUGAGGUUGUUAUCUUGAUUUGUUCAUAUCCCCUUAAAUUUUCCUUUAAAGGCUCUUCGUAUAACAUGAUACUCAAAUGUUUCAUAUCAAAAUGCUCUGUUAUUUUCAUCACUACUUUCCAAAACCGCUGCAGCAACUUCAGCAGCUGUAAACUCUCUGCUCGCCAUUUCACAUCUCUGAUGUGGACUGAAUGAAGAAUGAAGGGUUUCCGGCGUGAUGGUCAGUCCUUAGUGAUUUCCUGGGUGUCCAUUGGUCAGUUUCACACAGAAUGUAGAUGGACACAUGAAUCCACCAGUUCCACACGGUGAGAGGCAGAUGACGUGUAUCUCA